AUGGCGAGACAGGCUCUGGAGAGUGAUUUGCUAUCUUUGCAUCGUGUGGAGAGUAAUAAUUCUUCACCACGAUGGCAACCUCAGGAGGAAUUUGUCGUCUCUGACGUCUUCAUGCCCCAGACACCUGAACCUGAACAGGCCGAUGAAGCAGACCUUAGCCAGUCCUGGGCAACUGUCGUUAGCGAGAAAACGAGUACCACGAGCAACUUCCGUAUGGUUCCAGGCGAUGUGAGCCCUAUGAGACCGAACCCUAAAAGUGGAGGUCUUAAUUCCGUGAAGAAAAAGAAGAAUAAAAAGAAGAAGCUGCCAAAGGAUACAAAUGCUCUCUCCCAUGCUGUAGAGGCCCCUCAGCCCGGUUCUGAGACAACACCGGCUUAUUUCAAGGAUGGUCGUUCCUCCAUCUCUCCACGGCUUCGCCCAGUGUGUGCUUUCAAAAACAAUUUUGAAUCCAGGCCCCCUUCAUCACAUGGUAUUAGUGCGCUUAGCAUUCAGCUGGACGCGCUUAAUGUUGGAUCUGCCCGGCCUUCAGGGUCCGAAGCUAGUAAGAAAGAUUCGGAAACAUCAAGUUGCGGUAGUGUUAUCUCGGAAAGUGACCACACUGAGAUUCUGACGACAUAUGAAGUUCCAUUGGGAGACGACUUCGUCAGCCUUGACCUUAAUAAUGAAGGACCCAAAGCAAUGGAUGGUGCCGAGAAGAAGGCCAUCCUUAACCGCAAGAUGACCGCUUCUGACUUUGACUCAUUGACCUGCCUUGGAAAGGGAACAUUUGGAACCGUUCUUCUCGUCAAGCAGAAGGCUAACGGAGCCUUGUAUGCCCAAAAGCAGUUUCGUAAGGCUUCUCUUACUGUGCAUAAGAGGCUGGUGGAACAGACCAAGACAGAGCGGGCUAUUCUAGAGAGCGUCAACCGACACCCGUUCGUCGUCAAAUUAUACUAUGCAUUUCAAGACCACGAGAAGCUAUAUUUAAUCCUGGAAUACGCACAGGGAGGAGAAUUAUUCACCCAUCUUGCGAUGGAGCGUAUGUUUUCUGAGGAAACGGCUUCUUUCUAUAUGGCGGAAAUGGUGCUUGCUCUUGAACAUUUGCAUUGCAACGUUGGCGUUAUUUAUCGCGACUUGAAGCCCGAGAACUGCCUGUUGGACGCGGAUGGCCAUCUUCUUCUUACGGAUUUCGGCCUAAGCAAGGUCGCCGUCGACGAUGAUGACCGGUGCAACUCUUCACUCGGAACCAUAGAGUAUAUGGCACCUGAAGUUAUCAUGGGCAAGCCAUAUGGCAAAGCUUGUGACUGGUGGUCUUUGGGAGCCUUGGGAUUUGAUCUCCUUACCGGCUCGCCUCCCUUCAAAGGUAACAAUCAUGCCAAAAUCACGGAAAAGAUCUUGAAGCAGAAACUGGUACUUCCGUACUUCCUUGGCCCUGAUGCAAAAGACCUUCUCACGCGUCUUCUUCGCAAAGAGCCACAGAAACGCCUGGGGUAUCAUACAUCCAAGGACAUCCGCACCAUUAAGUCACAUCGAUUCUUUAGGAAAAUCGACUGGAAGGCCUUGGAAAAACGUGAGUUGGAGCCUCCGAUAAAGCCUGUGGUGACGGAUCCAGCCCUGGCUGAGAACUUUUCCCACGAUUUCACUUCGCUACCUCUUAGUCCUGUCGUAACGACUAAGUCCGGGCCAUUUUUAAGUGCCGAAGACGCAAUGGACGUUGACGGCGAGGGCGCCACCGAUAGCGAAAUGGGAGGUACCCAGCCUUCCGAGGAUCCUUUUGGUGGGUUCAGCUUCGUAGCACCGAGUAGUCUUCUUGAGAGUGGUCUUGCCAUUGGAAACAUGAAGUGGUAG